CAAAUGCAAAAAUAAAAAUUUAAAUGAAGUUUAGGGAAAGGUUGACUUGUUCUUCCCCGCUCUACCCUCACUCUUGUCUCUCUCAGUUUCUCAAAACCAAAGCUUCUUCUUCCUCUUACACCAAAUCGUACUUUCUUCAGUAAUCUUAUAUUUCUAACCAUGGAGCGGCUAACAUCUCCUCCUCGUUUCAUGAUAGUCUCGGAUCUUGAUGAUACAAUGGUUGAUCACCAUUAUGAUCCUGAGAAUCUCUCUUUACUGAGGUUCAACUCACUCUGGGAAGAUGCUUUUCGCCACGACUCUCUUCUUGUUUUCUCAACAGGAAGAACACUGCCCAUGUACAAGAAGCUGAGGAAAGAGAGACCAAUGUUAACUCCUGAUGUUAUCAUUACCUCUGUAGGAACUGAGAUAGCUUAUGGCAAGUCCAUAGUUACUGAUGAUACUUGGGUUGAUAUCAUGAACCAUAAAUGGGACCGAGGAAUCGUCGAAGAAGAAACCAGCAAGUUCCCUGAGUUGACUAUUCAGAGAGAAUGUGAUCAGAGACCAAACAAGGUUAGCUUUUUCAUUGACAAGAGUAAGGCUCAAGAAGUGACCAAGGAGCUAUACCAACGGUUGGAGAAACGUGGAUUGGAGAUUAAAAUCAUUUUCAGUGGAGGAAAAGCUUUGGAUGUUUUACCAAAAGGUGGAGGCAAAGGACAAGCUCUUGCUUAUCUCCUGAACAAGCUCAAGACUGAAGGGAAGCUUCCUGUUAAUACUCUUGUCUGUGGUGACUCUGGAAACGACACUGAGCUCUUUACCAUUCCUAAUGUUUAUGGUGUCAUGGUAAGCAACUCUCAAGAGGAGUUGUUGGAGUGGUAUGAAGAGAAUGCGAAAGACAAUGCAAAGAUAAUCCACGCGAGUGAGAGGUGUGUGGGUGGGAUUUUAGAAGCCAUUGGUCAUUUUAAGCUCGGUCCAAAUCUUUCUCCGAGAGAUGUUUAUGGCUUAUUGGAGUGCAAGGAGGAUAAUGUAAACCCGGGUCGUGAGGUUAUCAAGUUUUUCUUGUUCUAUGAGAGAUGGAGAAGAGGUGAAGCUGACAACUGUGAGGCAUACAUAGCAUGUCUCAAAGCUUCAUGUCAUCCUGCUGGUGUCUUUGUUCAUCCAUCUGGUGCUGAAAAAUCUCUAAGAGACACCAUUGACGAGCUUGAGAAGUACCAUGGAGACAAAAAGGACAAGAAGUUUCGGGUUUGGACAGAUCAAGUUUUGGCAACACAGACUACUCCUGGGACUUGGAUGGUAAAGCUUGAUAAAUGGGAACAAACUGGGAAUGAAAGGAAAUGCUGCAGAACAACUGUCAAGUUCACCUCGAAGGAAAAUGGAGGAUAUGUGUGGGAAAAUGUGCAGCAAACAUGGUCGGAGGAAGCAGAGAUAAAAGAUGAUAGCAACUGGAUCAUCUAAAUGUUUAUCAUCCUCUUUAGAUCUUUUCAUAAAACAUUGGAAACACACACAAAGAUCCUAUCAUUGUUGUUAAUAAAACUUAAAUUUCAAAAGUCGUCUUUUAUGUUA